UUUUCCCCGGACCCACACAUGGCAGUAUUUCUUUUCGUUAGCUGCUUUGAUUUGGUGUGACCUCGUUAAAAAGACUGGCUCCAUCUGUUCAGUAGUAGUUUCCUUUUGAAAUAUCUCUUAAUUAAGGUGUUUUGCCAGGAGAACCCCAGUUUGGUUACAUUGGCAAGUGAUGAUGGAGAAGUUUAGAACCGUUGGUCAAACUGAUAGUGCAUGAGUACUGGAAGACUGACUGUGUUAGCAAGUAUUAGUAACUAUGCAGCAUGAGUUUAGGUACUUUCACAUUAUUUAUUUUACACAGAAGUUUGAUACUGAACUAGAACUUUGACCUUUACAGACUGCUUUUUUUAGCUUCAGCACAACUUCCCAUAGCUGUAGUGGCCAUAAAUAGUUUACUUUGUUUAGAUAUUUGUCCUAAUGCUUCAUUUUCUUGCAGAAUUUUUCUCUUCUGAGCACAAGAUCAGGGCAGGAAUUCAGUACUUUUGUUUAUAUAAAUAAUUCUCUUCUUUUGUUUGUUUUGGAAACUAUUUUCUGACAGCUAUGAAAUUUCUGUUGGUUUUUGAUUUUGACCAUACAAUCGUAGAUGAAAAUAGCGAUACCUGGAUUGUGAAAUGCGCUCCUGAGAAAAAGCUUCCUAAUGGAUUAAGAAACUCCUAUCGACCAGGACAUUGGACAGAAUAUAUGGGCAGAGUCUUUGUCUACUUGGGAGACAAUGGCGUCAAAGAAGAUGAGAUGAGAAGAACUAUGACAACAAUUCCUUUCACUGCGGGAAUGGUAGAUCUUCUGGGUUUUAUUGGCGAGAACAAAGAGUUGUUUGACUGCAUAAUUGUUUCAGAUUCUAAUACAGUAUUUAUUGACUGGAUUUUGAAAGCUGCUGAGUUCCAUAAGGUGUUUGAUGAAGUGUUUACAAACCCUGCAGCAUUCAGCAGUACUGGCUAUCUUACUGUACAGAACUUCCAUGCUCACCAUUGUGAAAAGUGCCCUAAAAACCUUUGCAAAAGGAAAGUUUUAAAAGAAUUUCUAGAUAAACAGUUGGAGCGAGGAGUAAGUUAUACACAAAUUGUAUAUAUAGGUGAUGGUGGGAAUGACUUAUGUCCAGUAAUGUUUUUGAAGAAGGAUGAUAUUGCUAUGCCCAGGCAGGGGUAUACCUUGGAGAAAAAGAUUUCUCAACUGGCCCAGGAUCUCAGUCCUGUAGAGUGUUCUGUUCUGGCAUGGUCAUCUGCUAUUGACAUUAUGUCUUACCUGAAACAGCUUUUAAAGGAAUAAUUCAAAUUAUAAAAGGAAACUAAUAUAGUUAGUUACAUUUGAUCUUCCUGGGAGAGAAAAACUGCAUGUGUAUAAAAGCACAAAAUUGUAAAAUUGGGCUGUUAUCUGAACUUACCUUUUUCAAACACAAUAUGAAACUGUUUAUGUUCAAUCUUGGCAAUAGUGGAAAAGUUAAGUUAAAAUGGCUUUCUAACAUAGUACACAUUCCAAGAUAAGUGGAGAAGGGGUUUGCAAGAGGAAUCGCUGUUAUUCUUAGUCUUCCCCCCUUAUCCCCCCCCGCCUUUACAGACUACAUAACUGACCUUUUCUGUUCUACACACUUAGAGGAAGGAGUAGGAUUAGUGCACAAAAGAAUGAAGUUCUUUACUUAAAAAACAUUAGGUGCCAGUAGCAUGGUUCUGGAACUGUUGGCUUUUAUACUCCUUUGAUCAGGAUAAAUGUUUAAUUUUGUAAAUUAUUUGAUAUGCUUGUAAUCUGUUUGAUCUGAAGAUGCAUUUAUAUUUUCAAUAUACUAAAUAUUUUACCAAACAAAGUUACUUUUUAAUAGCUUGUUUUACCUUGUAUUGUAAAGACAAUAAAAGUUAGUGUCACUGACAAAAGCAACACACCUGAUUUGUGUAAUGUAUUCUGCUGGCCUGUGUCAUCAGGCACCUGUUCUUGUAAGGGCCUGGAGAGAGUGAACACAAGUGUAGGUGUCAUCCAAAGGCUGACACCUUAUUUAUGUUGUCAGUCAGACCCCUUCUCUUCUGGAGAGCAGUAAGGAUGUUGCUGUUGUGUUUAAAAAAAAAAAAAAAAGUCACUCUCCCGUUCUCCUGACUACCACCCUGACAGUGUUCUGCUGCCACUCUGUAUAGAGCUAAUGCUGGUUUGAUCUUCCAUGCUGACAGCUCUUAGACAGCCAGGUGCUUUUUUCUUGCUGGGUUUCUGCUGCAGUGCAUAGGCCCACAGAAUGGUGUGUAUGUAUAUGUGUUUACACUGAUUUUGCCUAUUCACUUUAUAGUAUAAUCCUCUCUUACAGACUGGAAGGGAACAUCUAUGCCCAUUUGAAAUUUCUAACAGAAUUGUUUUGCCUUUAAAUAGUUUUAAGGAAUCAUUUGUGAACAUGCAGUCUUUCUCUGUACCACUCAUAGUGAGAUGAGCCCCAGGAGUUGGGCUAUGCAUAUAAAGAUAGUAAAAAUAAGUCUCAUUAAAUUUAAAUAUAUUUUCAUGCCAAAUGUUUUUCUCCUUAUAGUCCCACAAAAGGUCUAAAAUGGUGAUGUAAUGUGCUAUUGAACUGAUGUCUGUUUUAGCUUAAGUGCCUUAAUAACUGAGAAACUGCACUUCUGCAGCACUUUGGUUGCAGAUGUCUGAGGUGUAGCUCAGCAGCCUGCAGCUGCUGUAGCUGUCUUCCUCUGUUUUCUGUGCAGCAUUGUUCUCAUUUUCUUACCAUCUUACUGAUGUUGUCAAUAUCUUCUUUUUCUCAGUUGAAGAUUUUUAGGAGUGGUCUUGCCCGUUUUCAGGCUGAUAGUGUAUAUAGAUUAAGAUUUCCUUUGAAUACUUCCAUGUAAAUGGUCCUGCUUUUAGCCCUUCACCUGUUUUAAUGAAUCGUAGAAGGUUGCUUUGAACAGUCCGUUAUCCAAGAUGUCCAGAAUAAUAUACUUGAGUUCUCAGGAGCAUUGCUUUAAUGAUGGGUAUUUGAUAGGUGCUUGAGAUGUUUCUAUUGGAGAUCUUGCCCUAUUGUCUUGUGCAAGGGCACGAAGACAGCGUCUGAAGAACUGGUGGGUCUCAAGUUGUGACAGGUUUGUCUGACUUACAGGUCAUACAAAAGAAUGGUAAUGGCUGUUGUAUAGUACAAUUUUGUAUGGUUACUUUUUUUGUUUUUAGUUAUGCGUCUCCUUCAUUCUAGAUGUGCUGCUGAAUGUUUCAGAUUCUGUGCCAGUCUCUUCUGUGCUUUUCAGAACUUAGUUGUGAGACAGCUUGCUUUCAGUUUGUCUACAGAUUUCAGUUACUGCUUACUUAAACAAAAAACUAAUAGAUAAAUAAUUAUUCCACUUCCACUUAUAUUAACUAUUGUUCUUCUAGCCUUAAGGAGCCGACCUUGUAGUUUGCUAUGGGAGUGAGAAAUUGAGUGAGAAAUUAAUCUUCAUGCUCAAAAAGGGGUGCUUUUUGUGGUUUUGAUGAAAGUACCAAAGCAGGAGUUGAGAGUAGAUUAAGCAAAGUAGACUACUUGAAAUAUUAGCAAUUAUGAUCUGAUGUCUUCAAAUAGAGGGUAGAGCUGAUGCUAUUUGCUAGCCAAAGUGCAUGUUGGAGACAGAAGAAAUUUUUCAAUUCCAGUAGGUAGGCCAUUAAGCUGUUAAUGCGAGGUCUUGGGUUUGUUUGGGGUUUUUUUUUUCCUCUUAAUAGAGGAGAGAACUUUUCUGGAGCAUCACAAUUACCAAAUUUUUCCAUGUUUGGGUAUAAGGGAGGAUGAGUAUCUCCAAAGGGUAAAGGUAGUUUAAGCUGGUAAACCAUCCAAAAGAGAAAGCAAGAAGCUCCUUGAAGGGAUGCAGGUUCAGUACGAAGUGUUGCUGACUUCCAGACUUGCUGGCAGUUUAAACCAACGUGCUCUCUGGAAGGGAGAUGACUUAGGUAAAGAUGUUACGAAAAGAGAUGCAUAAUGGAAGGCAUAUGUGUGUAUGGGAAAUCUUCUGUAUGGUAACACCAGCUACUAUGAAGAGUACUUAGCCUUAGUAUUAUGUGCUAGUAGGUUGGUCAAGUCCUGGGAGAAGUCCCUGCUUGUCCAUAGGAAGCUGAUGAAAUGGAAAAUGCAAAACCACAGCAAAACAAAUCUGUUGGCAUGGAGAUGUAUAAACAGGCUCAGGGCUGGACAAGGGAAUGCCCCAGAGAAAGAAAUGGAGUGAGUAAUGUAGAUGAGGGACAGGCCCAGGUCCGAGACAGCAGGGCUACUGCUAAUUCCUGGGUUGCGCCACAAAACUCUGAUUUCCUGGGCUAACUGCAUCAAGAGUGGUUGAAAAACUGAAGGCAAAGAUGUGUGAAGGGUUUGUUGGGUUUUGUUUGGAACGGCUUAUUUAUGUCUUGUGCUUCUACGUAAAGGUGAAGGGCAAGUUUGAGUCCUGUUGCACGGUUAGUGGGUGAGGAAGGAUGGGGGGGCGGGGGGUGUCCAUACAUACUUUGCAGUUCAGAUUCCUUCUUUAGUCCCUGUAUCUGGUGGCCAUCACGGGGGAAGUACCACCAGUAAUUAAAAGAAACAAAUGAUGCUUUUUAAUCUGUGCAGAGCUGAAGCUCUCCUGAAUUCCGCCUUUUGGGUAUUGCUGGCACUUAGUUAAUCAUAACAAAUACCCACCUCCUGUUGCUAGGAGAAACCGCUGCCAGCCCUUUCAAUCCAGGAGAGCUCUGGCAGGGCGGGGGAAGCCUGGCUGCUGGAUCCACAGGAUCCAAACCCUGCUGCAGGCGAAGGGGGGAGCUCAGCUGCUUAGACCCAGAGGACGCUGUGCUUCAACUACUUCUCUCAAAAGUCGCUACUGCAGAAAAUGGUUUGCUGGCAGAGAAGAAGAAGGCUUCUUAAAUUGCGAACCACGUUUUCAGAAGCGGCAAAAGCCAGCGUAACCUUCUUCCUGAAUAACGUGCUUGCAGUUGGGGUCCGUCCGUCAGCAUUUGCACCCCGCCGCGUUCAGGCGUCUGAGGAGAGCUCGGGCCGCCCCCUCCCGAAUGCUGCCCUCCCGCCGUGGGGAGCCCCUGGAGCUCGCUGCCCUCCCCCGCACCGCUGCCCCGAGCGCCUCAGGUGGCGGGCGGCGGCAGUCAAAGGCCCCCUCGCUUUGUCGUGCGGCUGACGGCCACCGAGCCGGUGACGCUCCCCGGGCGCCUGCGUCCGUCCCGAAGACGGCCGGGCCUUUUGCCAUCCCCGCAGUCCGCCUUCUGACC